UAGACCAGCAUGCCGUUGGUGAAGAGGAACAUCGAGCCCCGGCACCUCUGCCGCGGGGCGUUGCCUGACGGGGUGACCAGUGAGCUGGAGUGUGUGACCAACAGCACUCUGGCAGCCAUCAUCAAACAGCUGGGCAGCCUCAGUCGCCAUGCAGAAGACAUUUUCGGAGAGCUGUUCAACGAGGCCAACAGCUUCUACCUGAGGAUGAGCAGCCUGCAGGAGAGGGUGGACCAGCUGGCCGUGAAGGUGACGCAGCUCGACUCCACCGUGGAGGAGG